UGCUUCACUUUCACUUAUUGCAGCGCGUCAGGCGAUUUUGGUUAAACUUAGUAGAUGAACGGAAUCGGCCCGCCCCCUGGCGUUAGACUAAUGCUGUCGUGUGGGGGUGUGCAGAAUGUUCAUAACAGUUCUUCAGGUCUCCACAAGACGUGUGCUUUAUCACAGCUGCUGUAAACUGACCAAAAAGUCAAAACACUUGGUUCAGAUGGCGCGUCCGUCUUCAGAUAUGGCUGCAUUCCGAGAGAUCUUUGCCAAAGCAAAGCACAUUGCAAUUCUCACAGGAGCCGGGGUCAGCGCUGAAAGCGGAGUUCCCACUUUCAGAGGAGCAGGAGGAUUUUGGAGGAAGUGGCAAGCUCAGGAUCUGGCAGCACCUGAGGCAUUUUCCAGGAACCCUUCUCGAGUCUGGGAAUUCUACCACUACCGUCGUGAAGUCAUGUUAACCAAGAAUCCCAAUCCGGCUCAUCUGGCCAUUGCAGAAUGUGAGGCAAGGCUGAGUAAACAGGGCCGGACUGUUGUGGUGAUUACACAGAACAUAGAUGAGCUGCAUACCAGGGCAGGCUCCAAAAACGUCUUUGAAAUUCAUGGUAGCUUAUUCAAAACACGAUGCAUCAACUGUGGAAAUGUAAAAGAAAAUUACCGGAGUCCAAUAUGCCCUGCUUUAGAGGGGAGAGGUGCCCCAGAUCCUGAUGCAGUUGAUGUACAGAUACCUGUUGAACAUCUCCCAAGAUGUGAGGAGAAAGGUUGCAAUGGAUUACUGCGGCCCAAUGUUGUCUGGUUUGGAGAGACUCUUGAUUCUGACAUUUUGAGUCAAGUGGAAAAGCAGUUAGAUGUGUGUGACCUCUGCCUCGUGGUUGGAACCUCCUCGAUUGUCUACCCUGCUGCUUUGUUUGCUCCCCAAGCAGCAGCAAGAGGUGUGCCGGUGGCAGAAUUCAACAUGGGAACCACAACUGCUACAGACAGCUUCAAGUUUCAUUUUCAAGGGCCUUGUGGACAAACUUUGCCUCCUGCCCUCGCUCGCCAUGAAAGUGAAAUUAUUUCCUGAGCGAGAAAAACCAACAAAGGAAAAACUGAAAUGCCAGGCGCAAAGAGAGGCCACGGAAGAUCAGUCGUCAUCAUCAUCAGCUUGGUAUUGCGGACUGAGGAGUCUGAAGAUGGAACUGACGCAGGAAAUGAUUUGACAAAGACGUCACAGAUGCUGCGUUUUAACAAAGACGCUUUGGUGAUUUUUUUUCUUGCCACUAUUUUUUAUUAUUUUUUUUUUCCUUCUUUCCCCCCAAUCACAGUUAUUGGAUGGUUAUUUGGAAAUGCCGUGUUUCCUGAUGGGAUUUUUGCGCUAUUAAUACGGUGACAUACGACUGACUGAUGACAACGAUCAGGUUCUUGGUGACGCUUUUCUUCUCGCAUUCAAAUGAUGUCCCCUAAAAAUCACAUUCUGUGUUUCCUCCACUGCGUGUAUUUUGUGAUUUCCGCGUACGCAGCUGCGGUUCUUUCUUACGCCGGGAUAUUCAAGCUGCUGUGCUUUCCUUCAUUAUUCUGAUCACCGCUGGCUUGCCGCGUUUGUUGGACACGGAGCUUCAAUGCCUUGUCUUUGGUUGGGGUGUCCCUACAGAAACACUUAAAUGGAGGACUGAGGACCAGGAUGGUUAGGUGAGCCAAUUUCAACUGCACAGAACGCAUUAGAGUACAAUAAAUGAAAUCCUGAAUAAAGUCGCCAUGAAUGUCAA